GAGAGCAGUGAUGGUCUGACGUCUGUUAUGUUGUGUGAACGUGAAAGCAACACGAAUUAAUACUGAGUGUCGCAAGAGCGAGGAAUCCCAUAAUUGUGAGUGGAUUGGAGUGUUUAAAGGCCCUGAAUAACCAAUGUGUCUUUAGUUGGUUUGAAACAACAUAUCCUCUUCUCUCUAGAUACAAAAGUUAAAAAUGGGCGGGGCUUUGUUUCCCCUUGCAGUCUUGACUAUGUUGGCUUUCUCCAGUACAUCUUUGGGCAGGGAACUGGACAUUCGCCUGGUGAAUGGCUCAAUACCCUCUGAAGGCCGUCUUGAAGUGAUGUUGCGAGGGGAGUGGGGAACCAUUUGCAGUGAGGACUUUGAAAUUGAGGAAGCGAGGGUAGCCUGUCGCCAGUUAGGCUAUGGGUAUGUAGAAGCUAUCAGAGAGUUUGGAGAGGGGACAAAGAAAGUUGUUGAAAUGAUGAACUGUAACGGGAAUGAAGACAAACUCUCUGAAUGUUACUAUGACUUUCAAUAUGUAAGAUGUCAAGGAUAUUCUGAUGUUGGUGUUGUUUGCACCAACACGACAGUUCCAGUGACUACCCCAGCUCCAGAUAUUGACAGUAAUAUUUUUCGACUUGUUGGUGGAGCGACUCCAUAUGAAGGUCGUGUAGAAGUCUUCUCCCCUAGAAGAAUCGGUUAUUGGGCAUCGAUGUGUUCCGCGGAGGAAUGGAACUUUGAAAAGGCUGAGUUAGUUUGUAAAGGCCUCGGGUAUCUGCCAGCAACAAUGACAACUCUGAUUGAGUACAAUGAGACUAUAGCUGGUCCUAUCGCUGGAUGUUGGAUAUCCGGCUCACUGGAAUAUGCCUUGUGUGUGCCUGUCGAUGAAUUUGACUUCUUAGCAGGUUGCAAUCGCACCAUCAAUGUCGUGUGUAGCGGCACCGAGCCAGGUGUUGAGGGUGAAAUUCGCAUUGUCAAUGGAUCCACUGUGGCAGAAGGACGAGUAGAAUCCUUCAAUCAAAAUACUUGGAAAUCUCUUUGUGCAGACGACUGGGGUAUUGAAGAGGUUCAGGCAACUUGUCGACAGCUAGGCCUGCCAGAACCCUCGUCAGAUACCGUACUACCAGGUGGGACAUUUGGUGGGAAUGAAGAGACCCUGCAGAAUAGCGUCACAUGUACUGGGCGAGAGAAUUGCCUCCAAACCUGUACAUGGAUUCCAAAUCCAUCGUGUCUCGUUCAAAAUGCAGCGGCUCGGUGUGGAUCAGUGCAGGAAGCUGACAUGUCUGAUCUUCGACUGGUAAACGGAGGCAGCAGUGCCCAAGGUCGUGUCGAGAUGAUGUUUAAAGGGGAGUGGGGAGUCCUCUGCAUGGAUGAGUUUCAUUUGGAAGAAGCUACUGUCGUUUGUCACCAGUUAGGUUUUAUCUUUGCUGAGUCGGUGGGAUCGUUAUAUGCUGAGGGGACAGUAACCAAGAAGUUCAUUUUGAACUGCAAUGGGAAUGAAGAGAACAUCAGGCAGUGUUAUCGCAGUGAUGGGUUUUGCCCAACUUCAGCCAAUCUUGGAGUCACCUGCUCAAACGGACACCCGGAUUUCCCGUUGUCCAGCUUGCAUUGUAAUGCAUAUGUAAGAAAUGGAGAUCUGAGACUUGUGGACGGUCCCGACAUCUUCCAUGGCCGUGCAGAAGUCUACAUCAGUGAGGUUAAAGAUUGGGCUACUUUCUGCGCUGAAGACUGGAACUACAAGUUGGCCAAAGUUGUUUGCCGAGAAUUGAACUAUCGUCCAGCUACCUGGACUGGCAAGUCUCGCUAUGGUGAAGGAAUUGGUCCAAUUUCAAACUGUCCCACAUAUGAAGAUUGGCUGUUUUUCCCGGAAUCCUGUUCAGUUUUAUAUAUAAGUCCUCCAACCACCACUUGUGACCAUAGCAUGGACAUCGGAGUUCACUGUGAUGGGUUAGAACAAGGUGAAGAGCAACAGGUCCGCUUGGUUAAUGGGACUGAGAGAACCGAAGGACGUGUUGAAAUAUUUGACAAGGGCCUAUGGAAGACGAUGUGUGCUGAUGAUCUGGGGUUGGAAGUGGCUCAAGCAAUGUGUCGACAGCUUGGAAUGCCCCCACCCACAACCACUCUACCAGGAGGGAGUUUUGGAGGGAAUGAUGCUCUAGAGAAGUUUUGGGAUAUCUAUAACUGUACGGAGCAUCAACAGAGCCUGGAAGAUUGUAACAGGAGUUUGAGAUCCACUCCUUGUUUGGUUGAGAAUGCUGCUAUCCAGUGCAGCAGUUGGAUAGAUGCCAAAAAAGGUGAUUCGCGUUUGACUGGGGGUCCGACCAAAGCAUACGGCCAACUUCAGAUCUUUCAUGAUGGUCAGUGGGGUGUGGUCUGUCGUCGAGAUGGAUGGGAUCAAUCGUCUGCCCAGGUGAUGUGUCGUGAGCUAGGGUAUGCAGGGGUUUUACAUCAGCUGGCAUGGCACACUAAGAAUGACCCAGAGCUACCAGUAUGGGAGUCAAGUAUAAACUGCUUGGGUAAUGAGAGUCGUCUUGAAGACUGUGUUGUUGUGCUAGGAGAGGGAGGUAGCUGUGGAAAUCGGUUUGCUCUUGCAGUGUGUGACACACCACCAAAGUCAGAUUCUUAUGAUGUACGCCUGACUGGAGGACCUUACCCCAAUCAGGGCCAGGUGGAAGUCUUGUAUGGGGGAGUUUGGGGCACCAUCUGCAUAAUCGAUUGGGACCUGACUGACUCGGACAUCGUCUGCAGACAGCUGGGAUUCAAGUCUGCUGCCUUUGCUCUGAUAAGAGGCUUAUAUGACAACGGCCAGCAUGAAGUCCUCUUUCAAAAAAUAGAUUGCCGCGGCUGGGAAGAUAACUUGAUUGACUGUCGUUAUCAGCGGACAGAGUAUGAGUAUUUUCCAUGCUAUAGUAACUGGAAUGCUGGUGUUGUGUGCAAUAGUGAUCAAUAUCCAAGUAAGGACCCUCGGCUGACUCAAGAUCCAACAACAGAUCCACCGGUAGAUACUGCACAAACAUUACGGAUUGUGUGGAUUGUCCUACUCGUUUUAAGCGUGCUCUGCUCUGUGCUUGGUGGAUGCUUUGCCUGUGAUAAGCAUAACAGAAACCGCAAUGCUGGUAACCAAAAUACAGUGCCAGUCGUGAACUCAUCAGAGAACCAUCACACCAAUGAGGAGAAAGUUGAUGCCAACAAUGAGGCUGACCAGUCAUCGCUGUAGACGCCAGGUGUUGGAGCAGGGUAGCAGAAUGAGAACACUUCACACAUGCAAAACUAUGUACAACUCAACAUUGGAUCCCUCCUGCCAUAAAGCAGGUUUCCAUCUAUCCAACACUUCACACAUGCAAAACUAUGUACAACUCAACAUUGGAUCCCUCCUGCCAUAAAGCAGGUUUCCAUCUAUCCAACACUUCACACAUGCAAAACUAUGUACAACUCAACAUUGGAUCCCUCCUGCCAUAAAGCAGGUUUCCAUCUAUCCAACACUUCACACAUGCAAAACUAUGUACAACUCAACAUUGGAUCCCUCCUGCCAUAAAGCAGGUUUCCAUCUAUCCAAAACUUCACACAUGCAAAACUAUGUACAACUCAACAUUGGAUCCCUCCUGCCAUAAAGCAGGUUUCCAUCUAUUCAUAGAUUAUUCCUAUAGCCAUGGAAAAGCCAGAUUUUACCAAGUAUUUAUAUUCUGUGAACAAAAUGCUUAUAACUUGCACUUUGAUCCUUGUCAUUUUCAGACAAUAAACAACUAAUUGAUAUCCUGCACUAUUAAAAUGCUACAAACCUCUUUUAAGCAACAUGGACAACUCAAUGUUAUUGAACAAAUGGGACUACUGCGAAGCGUCAGUAAAUACUUGGCAACAAAAUUAAUGACAUUUGACACGCGCUCCACCAAUCAAAUAACGAGGAUUGUUGUGUGGGGUAUAUUAAGCGGUUGGUACUAUUUGCUCAAUUUUUAGGAGAAGGUUUUGAAUUGAAAAGUUGAAGUGAAUGUUUGAUUAAGUCUUCACAGUAUGUUUUCAGGGGGAAACACAGGGCUGCAGGACUUGUUCUGUUGUGAGGCUACUGGCCCAGUACUUAUAAUGCUCUACUCUGGCCAGUGGUGGUUCAGUGGUUAUUUAAAGCACGUAGUCUAUACCGUUAAUGUUGUGUUUUAGCUGUCAUUUUCUAGCAUGUAUUUUCUUGGGUAACUUUAUUCUGUAAAUCGCCAUUACCUUAAAAAAUGAACAAAAUAAACCAAUACAAAUUAUGAGCCUACCAUACGGUGAAUGUAACAUGCGACGGGAACCAGUGUUGUCAGUUGAGUUAUUCCGAGUUCCAGUGCAUAAGCUAAAAGCUUCAAAUCAGUCUAAUCUCUUCAUGUGAAUCACUAUUGACAAUAGUCAAUACUAUUUAUUAUAAUAACCUAUUCUAAAGUCUUUCAAAUUUUCCUGAAAUGGGAAAAGUGUGAAACUGGAAUUGUCCAAUUUGGAUUUGUGUGUAUCUGAAUAUAAUUGUGAUUGUGGAAUUUUUACCAUUCUAUAUAAACAUAUUUUACACCAUUCUUUGUACAUUCUAUAUUUUGAACAAAAUCAUUGAAAUGGUAAUUAAUGUAGCGUUACAAUUGAUAAUUACAGAUUACAAGGUGUACACAAUGUUUCAUUGUUUUAGUUCAUCACAUUGAAUAGUUGGUUUGGUUUAAUGUCUUCUAUUCUCCUUUUCUUUUAUUGUUGCCAGCAUCCAUUUUGAAGAACACUUUAAAAGUUGUAUUAAUGCAUAAAAUGGUAAUAGCCUGUCAUUCAACCUUGGUAAAGUCUUUCUUAAAGGCUUGUAUUGCUAUGUCAUGGCUGUUACUUGAAUUCUGAAAUACUUGUAUUAUAUGUUUCUGCCUCUGACGGAGGCUGAUUUAGAUCAAAAUCUCAGGCCAUCUCCCCUACUCAUUAUAUAUGGGAUUAUAUAUAUAUGGUACUAUAUAAAAUAAUAUCUUUUUGUUCAUUUAAUGUCGGGAGUUUGUUGUUAGAGAUAAUAUGAUUAAAAGUAUUGUUUUGGUUUUAAAACAGUUUUAGAAAUUGUAAUUUGAAAUAACAUAAUAUGAAGUUUCUUAAAUAAGUUCAUCUGAUGUGUAUAUGAGUAUUAAAUAGUGCAUUUUUUCAGAGCUAAAUUUCAUAGAGAGCUGCCUUAACAGCAAAUGUUUUAAAAUGUACGUUGUUAAAGGUUUUGUGUAAAGUGUACAAUUACUUCAAUGGUCUUAGUUGGAAAUGUAAAAGGUUCAACUUGACAAAGUAAGUGGGGAAGGUCUCAUAUCAUGACCUGGUUGCUUACUACACCAUAGAGUGCUCACUGGGCUGUACAGGCAGUUCAGUGGUCCUUGGAAUAAGGUACACAUGGUGUAGGCUUUAAUAAGGGAAUCAAUGUGUGGUCAAGAGGUUUUCAACUUGUGGUUUAAUCCCAACG